AUGGUAAAACAGAAAGACACCCUUGAUACCACCGUGGACCAAAAAAAUUUAAUCGCCCAGUUUCUUCUACAAUGUACCAUUGAGGGAAAUCUUCCUUUUGGAUCAAAGAAGAAGGCAGCAACAACAUUUGGAGUCAGCUACAUGACAGUUCGUCGCAUUUGGGCAGCAGCAAUGGAGCAGGUUGCAAAAGGAGAGCCAAUACAAUUCAAGUCAAAUAAGAAAGGCAAACAACAUGCAGAUUUACUAUUGAUUGAUGAAGCUAAAUUCAGGUCUCUGUCAGUGUUAGAAAGAACAACCAUAAGAAAGAUGGCUUCAAAGCUUGAGGUCAGUAAAUCACUUGUAGGUGUAUGGAUUAAACAGGGAAAACUAAGGCCACACACAAAUGCAAUUAAAUCUCAACUUUCAGAAGCAAUUAAGAUUGCUAGGAUGAAAUGGAGUUUGAGUCAGCUGAGGUUAGACAAUAAUUUGGAUAAGAUGUUUUACAACAGCAUGCAAAACGUAGUUCAUAUUGACGAGAAGUGGUUUUACAUGACCAAAGCAUCAGAUAGAUACUACCUUCUCCCCGAUGAAAUUGAGCCCUAUAGGUCCAUCCAAUCAAAAAGGUUCAUCAAUAAAGUUAUGUUCAUGUGUGCCGUAAGCAGGCCACACUUUGAUAGUAAUGGUGAAUUGCUAUUUGAUGGGAAGUAUGGAAUUUUUCCAUUUACUACUCAAGUGGCAGCACAACGAAACUCCAAGAAUAGAGUUAGGGGUACAUUAGAGACUAAGCCAAUCAAUUCAGUGAACAAAGAAAUCAUGAAAGACUGCAUCAUUAAUCAGAUUGUUCCAGCCAUAAAAGCAAAAUGA